AUGGAUGUAACAAAUUCGGUUUCGAAGGGUGUUUUCGUGUUCAAAAACGGUGCCUCUCGCGCGAAGGGACGUAAAAAGGCACAACCGUGCAAAAGCUUUUUGGAGAACCAGGUUACCAAACAACUGUGGUUUCAGGGCUACCGCAAGGAUUGGGACCGUUUGCAGGCUAUGAUUGAAAAGCUUCAGUGCGGCAGUUAUGGCAAAAUCCUGGAUGAUCUACUGGCGUUCGUCGAAAAUUGUUACUUUGCGCAGGAUUACGAUGGCGCUCUUCCCACCGCAGCCCUAUUGACUGGUAUCAACCAAAUAGACCAUUUGUCGCAGUUCGAAAAGCUCGCGGAUAACAUACGGAACAAUACAUUCUCAAAUGUUGUUAUACUUCAAUCGAGAGAUGGUUCCAACAUCAAGCACGCAAUUGAAACGAUUGUUGAGGGGUUCAUAGAGGACCAAACAAGCGAUUACUCGGAAGAGAAAUUGUUACGCAAAAACCAGCUCAACUUGUCCGUUCUGAAAGCUUGGUAUUUGGAAAAGCAACACCAAAGGGAGCGGAAGCCCAAUCUUACCAUCAUCCUGCCGGAUUUUGAGCUGUUCAGCCCAAAAGUGUUGCAAGAUUUAAUACUGAUAUUAAAUUCCUACGGCCAUAGUCUACCGUUCGUGCUCAUCUUCGGGGUCGCCACGGCAAUAACUACUAUCCAUAAUGUGCUGCCUUACCACGUAAUGAGUAAGAUUAAGCUAAGCUCCUUUCAAUCGGAACCAUCCAUAACAAACCUGAACAUACUGCUGGACCAAGUGCUACUGACGCCGUACUGUCCGUUCCACCUGUCUGGAAAAUCUUUUAAACUGCUGUUGGACAUCUUUCUGUUCUACGAUUUUUCCGUCAACGGUUUUGUGCAAGGCUUUAAGUACGCUUACCUCGAGCACUACUUUCAGCGGCCGAUUCACGCCCUGUGCUCCAUCGUCAGGGACGAAGAUGAUCUUACUGUAAUGGUCGACCAACUUACCGCAUGCGAGUUAGAAGAAAUUCGUCAACUACCAUCGAUUAGGCCAUUUGUAGAAUCUCUGCAGGACCCACAGGCGGUUAUCAACUUUUUCAACGAUGACACACACUUGAGAACUGUGCUGCCAGCGAUGCUGAUACGGGUGCACAACUAUUGGUUCACUUUUCACUGUGCUCUCGAAAUACUGCGAUCCCUGGUGAGUGAUCUUCCAAAAGCACCGCUGGGUAAGCAGCUGCGGGAUCUCUACUGCUGCGCGGUAUCCUCCGAUAUUACUGUUUUGCCCGAGUUCAAGGAGUGCAUUCAGCUGCUUUCGUUCCUAUCCAAGGAGGAAAUGUUACAGAAGAUCAAAGCGGUGCUGGACGUUGUUCUGAAUUAUGUGACCCGCAACGAUCAACUCAGCAUGGAAGGUUGCCUCCUUUACGAGGUAGCGCCCCUCGAGGAGCUAGCCAAUGGGUUGGCGGUGCUGGCGGAUGAACUUGUUGCUGCUACCUAUGAUCUGCUUCCCGGUGAACAGGGCAACGAUCAGCAGCAGCUGCUUUCCCCUGGCAUGGGAAGGCAAGAGUUACGCGAAAAACUGCUCACUGCUGCACGCCACAAUAAGCAAGAAUCGGCCGUUACGCGCACCAUGGGACGACUGAUGGAUUACUUUGUGACGCAGAUUUUCCAGCGCUUUUUGCGUCCCCCGUUCAGUCAGUCUAUGCCAUUAAUCGAGCUUUUCCUGUUCACCGAUACUACCGCGCUCCGUAGGCACAUUAUCGGUGCGCCAAGAGGUGCUGUGCACACCGCCCUCAAUAACCCGCAGUAUUACACGCAGUGCGAUUGUUGCGCCCUAGAGGAUUCUGCAAGUAUUGUGCCGUCAUUACCGGAUCUCUCGGUCGCUUACAAGCUCCACCUGGAGUGUGGACGAAUGAUUAACCUGUUCGAUUGGUUGCAAGCUUUCCGUACCGUUGUUGAUGAAACCAACGCCGAAGAGGAGCAGCAGGUAGACCCAAAAAUACAAGCCCGCUUUACUCGUGCCGUCGCAGAGCUGCAGUUUCUUGGUUUUAUUAAAACGUCGAAAAAGAAAACCGAUCACGUAACAAGGCUUACGUGGUAAACUGGAGAAAAGCUGAAUUAAAGACAAUGCGCUGAUACUCG